AUGCGUGAACCGAUGACAUUAUUUGAACAAUCAAAUGUUUUUCACAAAAUAAAUCGUCAACGUUUACCUUUUGAUCAGACAGUACGACAUCCUCCUGUUUAUUCUUCUUUAAAUAAUGUUGAUGAUCAUGAUCUAGAAUUAAAAACUCUUUCAUUCGAUGUUUAUACUAGUAAACAUCUAGUAACAACUGGAAAAUCGAUCUUACCAUACUCUGGACGUCAUCAUUUAGACGAAAUUCUUUUACCUGCUAUUGAGAAAGAUAUUCAUCGUGAUGAAAAUCAACGUCGAGGAAAGAAAAAACGUCCUUCCUAUCGUAAAUCACUCUAUCAUUCAACUUUAUCUAGUUCGACUCAAGUUGAUUUAACUCAAUUGACUGCUCGUGGUACGAAACCAGAAAUUCAAACAAUAAUACCAAUAGCCAAUGACGAUGAUACAAUUGGUAAUUAUCAACGUCAUUAUGCUCCACCACCAAGUCCAUCCGAUGAUGAAAUUGAACGAUUAUUAUAUAAACUAGAAGCAGUAAAUCAAUCUCGUUCACCUUCACAACAAUCAAUUAAAGAGAAAGAAGGAUAUAUACCAUUUCGUUUGCCAACACUCUAUCGACCAGCACAAUCUCGUCGUACAUGGAUAAAUUCAUCACCCAAAGAUGUUAGAUCGACUCUAUCGAAUUAUCUUGGAAAAUAUUACUAA